AACUGUUUCAACAGACGGGCGCACGGAAAUCGGGCGUCUGGGACCAGUCAAUUGAAGGGUGUAUAUAUAGUUCUUGCCCGUCAAACAGGAAACCAGUUUAAGAUACUGACGUGAGUGGUACGCACCGCUACGGUAGUCAGCACAAUGGAUCGAUAUCUGUUGACAAGCUUGUUGCUGGUGUGUCUGGUGUUCGCGUACGCACCAGAGGCAGCAGCACAGAAGGCGCGCGUGUGUUUUGCCCAGUCCAACGACUACAGUACGACCACAGCGAUAGGGUUCUGUUCGCACGCCGUCUACAUUGCACUGAAUCCUACCUCCAAAGGUUUCGUGGGUUUGCUGAACCCGGCCAACGAUGCGGAUGAUCUUCUAGGCGGCAUCAAGAAGUUCGUUGGCCGCAAAACAGUCUACCCGUAUGUGGAGAUGUAUUUGGGUGUGCUGGGCAGUGUUGCGGCGAGCAACAUUCUCUGGCUAAACUCAGCGGCGACGCGCAAAACGUUCAUCGAUCUGCUCGUUCCAAAGGUGCAGGAAUAUCCGGCAAUCAGUGGCGUGUACUUGGAUUUCGUAGGAGUAACGACCACCUACGCGAACGGGUACAGUACCUUCGUGUCGGAGCUUUAUACGGCUCUCACCGCUAAAAACUUGAAGCUGAUCACAGCUUUACCGUGGGAUGCGACUGCCUCGGCCGAUAUUUACUUUAACCCAACGCUGCCGCUCUUGCCGUUCAACGUGAUCAAAACCCAUGAAGACAUGUACUCGACGACUACGAACACCCAUCCAAUCAGUCCACUGUUCGCACUCUCAUCGCCAUUCAAUGUCGAGACGAAAACCAUCUACAAUAACGUGUUCAGAUGGGUGAUUAAGGGUUUCGUGCCAAGCUCGAUUAUCGUCAGUUUGCCAAUGUACAGUCUUAAGUUUACCACAGCAGGUGGGACACAGUUUAAUUCUGCUGCCACAGCUGUCACAACGGACACAUAUUGUAAUGCUUUGCUGUUCGCAUCCACGAAUACUGUUGGCACUCCGCAAGGAGGCGAAGGAUUUGCCUACAGCUCAAACACCUUCUACACGUACAAUUCACCCGCUGGCGUGACAGAUAAGCUGAUGUUUGUGACAGGCACAAACCUGGGCGGAGUUGCCGUAUAUUCGCUAGAUCAGGCGGGUGGUACUAAUGCGGAGAUGCUUCGGCAGGUGACUAGCGUGCUUGCACCGACACCGCCCGCUUCAGCUACCUAUCCUGCGGCAGAAACAGCGGUGUGUGGUGUGCCCAUAACCUUCCCAACACCGCCGACCACAACAACGACGACGACAACAACAACGACUACCACACCUACUACAACCACUACUCCACCUACUACUGCUCCUACUACUGCUCCUGCCACAACAGCAUCGACUGCAUCAACAGCGUCAACGGCGUCAACUGCGUCAACAGCGUCAACAGCACCUACUACUGCUCCUGCCACAACGGCAUCAACAGCAUCAACAGCACCUACUACAGCUCCUGCCACGACUGCAUCAACAGCUUCAACAGCUUCAACAGCAUCAACUGCUUCCACAGCGUCAACAGCAUCAACAGCACCUACUACUGCUCCUGCCACGACUGCAUCAACAGCAUCAACGGCUUCAACAGCAUCAACUGCGUCAACAGCAUCAACAGCGUCAACAGCAUCCACAGCACCUACUACUGCUCCUGCCACGACUGCAUCAACAGCAUCAACGGCUUCAACAGCAUCAACUGCGUCAACAGCAUCAACAGCGUCAACAGCAUCAACAGCGUCAACAGCAUCAACAGCUUCAACAGCUUCAACAGCUUCAACAGCACCUACUACUGCUCCUGCCACAACUGCAUCGACUGCAUCAACAGCAUCCACAGCACCUACUACUGCUCCUGCUACGACUGCAUCGACUGCAUCAACUGCGUCAACAGCUUCAACAGCUUCAACAGCUUCAACAGCUUCAACAGCACCUACUACUGCUCCUGCCACAACAGCAUCGACUGCAUCAACAGCGUCAACAGCUUCAACAGCUUCAACAGCUUCAACAGCACCUACUACUGCUCCUGCUACGACUGCAUCGACUGCAUCAACAGCAUCUACAGCACCUACUACUGCUCCUGCCACAACGGCAUCAACUGCAUCAACAGCCUCAACAGCAUCAACAGCGUCUACCGCAUCUACAGCUUCUACCGCAUCUACAGCAUCAACUGCGUCAACAGCAUCAACAGGGUCAACAGCAUCAACAGCAUCCACAGCACCUACUACUGCUCCUGCCACAACAGCAUCGACUGCAUCAACAGCUUCAACAGCUUCAACAGCGUCUACCGCAUCUACAGCUUCUACCGCAUCUACAGCAUCAACUGCGUCAACAGCAUCAACAGGGUCAACAGCAUCAACAGCAUCCACAGCACCUACUACUGCUCCUGCCACAACAGCAUCGACUGCAUCAACAGCUUCAACAGCUUCAACAGCUUCAACAGCGUCUACCGCAUCUACAGCUUCUACCGCAUCUACAGCAUCAACUGCGUCAACAGCAUCAACAGGAUCAACAGCAUCAACAGCAUCCACAGCACCUACUACUGCUCCUGCCACAACAGCAUCGACUGCAUCAACAGCUUCAACAGCUUCAACAGCGUCUACCGCAUCUACAGCUUCUACCGCAUCUACAGCAUCAACAGGGUCAACAGCAUCAACAGCAUCCACAGCACCUACUACUGCUCCUGCCACAACAGCAUCGACUGCAUCAACAGCUUCAACAGCUUCAACAGCUUCAACAGCGUCUACCGCAUCUACAGCUUCUACCGCAUCUACAGCAUCAACAGGGUCAACAGCAUCAACAGCAUCCACAGCACCUACUACUGCUCCUGCCACAACAGCAUCGACUGCAUCAACAGCUUCAACAGCUUCAACAGCGUCUACCGCAUCUACAGCUUCUACCGCAUCUACAGCAUCAACUGCGUCAACAGCAUCAACAGGGUCAACAGCAUCAACAGCGUCAACAGCGUCAACAGCAUCAACAGCAUCAACAGCAUCAACAGCUUCAACAGCAUCAACCGCAUCAACAGCACCCACUACGGCUCCUGACACAACUGCAUCAACUGCAGCCACUACACCGACUACUACAACUACAACAACACCUACAACAACUACGGUAUCUACACCCACAACUACUACCUCCUCCGUCGCCACGACAAUCGCCGCGUCACCGACCACGUGCAACCUGUUGGUGCGAGAAGAGUACAGCAGUCUUGUAGCGGAGUUCUGCUCCAACUUCAAGGCAGUUGCAGCAUUUAAUACCGAAGGUGCCAGCUGUGGCAUCGUAGCAUAAGUCUGACUGUUGUAAUCGAUGAUCCGAUGGGGAAGAGCAUCGCUAAAUGCGCAAAACAAUUAACUGCUGUUUGGCGAAUGUAACACGUAACGAUGCAAUUGCCUCGAAGGUAACACACAACGUAACCGAUUAAAAAGUUGACAAAUCCUUUCCCCUUUUUGGGUCGCUACAAGCGCGGAACCGUCAAAGCGGGAUAGAUUUACGAAUUGUCGUGCUGUGAGCACGAAGCGACGUGAGGCAACGAAUGAAGGUCACGAUUACUGAUUGUAUUAAAUAAUAGGUAAAAUAAAUGGAAAAGGUUAAAUAAAUAGCUCUUCUAUGUAUUAUUAAAA